CGUGGAGUGAGGUGGGUUAUGGAUGUGUCGGUGUCAUAAAUUCGUAAAAUUCUACGAUCUUUUUUACCGAGAAGUGUAUAUUAAUAGUUAAAGACAGAUGACAACUAUGAAUCAUUUACUCUUAAAACAGUAGAUGUCUCAUUCACAAUCUCUUUGUGUUGGUGCUUUAUUUAUUUAAUUUCAAAAUGAUCCGGUGAUACAGUGUGUAGUUUUUUAUUAUUUAUUUGAAUUAAUUGUGUAACAAUGACUAUAACUUAUACGGCACAAGUUGCUACGUGUAAAAGACUGGGGUGUUUUUUAAAAUUGUUAAGAAGAUGGAAGGGCAGUAUCUACAAACUAGUAUGGAUGGAUUUACUAAUAUACCUAGCGUUAUAUUAUUCCCUAAACAUAACAUACAGAUUUGUUUUGCCGGACUAUGGAAUGAGAAUAUUUGAAAGUGUUCAGCAAUACUGUGAUCAUUAUGCAGCCCUUAUUCCAAUAUCUUUUGUAUUAGGUUUUUAUGUUUCUGUGGUAAUGACCCGUUGGUGGAGUCAAUAUACUGCCAUACCUUUUCCUGACCCUUUAGCAGUUUUUGUUAGUGCUACUAUACAUGGACAGGACGAAAGAGGCCGCGUGAUGAGACGUUCGAUUAUGCGUUACGUCUGCCUCUGCGUGACGAUGACUUUCACCAUGAUCUCGCCGAGGGUGAAAAAACGUUUUCCCACCCUGGAACAUUUCGUGGACGCUGGUCUUUUGCAACCCAGCGAGCUGCACGUCAUCAAGGAUCUCAACGACAAGUUCCCGCACUACUCAAAACACUGGAUGCCAAUAGUUUGGGCGGCCAGUAUAAUAACAAGGGCCCGCAAAGAGGGAAGGAUACGCGACGAUUUCGCCGUAAAAACUAUGAUAGAUGAGUUAAAUAAGUUUAGGGGACAAUGUGGACUACUUUUGAGCUACGAUAAUAUCAGUGUGCCGCUCGUAUAUACGCAGGUCGUUACACUGGCGGUUUACAGUUAUUUCGCCACCACCUUGAUGGGCCAUCAAUGGGUUUAUACCACGAAAUACAAGUUUGAUUUGUAUUUUCCGUUUUUUUCUUGCCUUCAAUUUUUUUUCUAUGUGGGCUGGCUGAAGGUGGCAGAAACCUUGAUUAAUCCUUUUGGCGAUGACGACGACGAUUUCGAAGUGAAUUGGAUGGUUGACAGAAAUUUACAGGUUUCCUAUCUCAUAGUCGACGAAAUGCACCACGACCAUCCCGAGCUGAUCAAAGACCAAUACUGGGACGAGGUGUUCCCCACCUCCCUGCCCUACACCGCCGAAUCGGAACCGUUCCGCGACUCGCACCCCCUCCCCUCGACCGCGAACAUCGCCCCCGCCCCCAACGACGCCGAUUUCGGCCCGUCCUCCCUCAAAAUCGACGACAUGUCCUCGUACGCUGACCUCAAAAGCGGUCCCAUUAUGUUCACGGCGAAAUCGAGAAAAAACUCGCAGAAUUCCAUAUUCGGUUCCUCGGUUCCGGACGCCAUGACCGGCUCCAUGUCCUCCAUCGUCAAGUUGAAGAGGUUGUUCAGCAAGGAGGACAAGCAGGGGGGGUCGGAAAAGGGGGCGGACGCGGGGGAGGCCGUCAAUUUGGUGCCCAUCAGCAAGAAGUUGGCCGAUGAAGUUAUAGAAGAGGUCGACGAGCAACAAACCAUCACGUCGCAAAGAUCGGCGCGGGAUGCGCGACCGUCGGUCAUGAAUUUGUUCGGACCACCGCCUCCGUCCCUCCCCAUCGACGUGCCGCUAGUGAAGAGUCUCGGAGACAUGAACAUCGAAAACGAUCCCGCCUACGAAAUGUACCCUUUCUCGCGUUCCGCCCCCGAAGCGGAUGAAAUGAAAGACGACCAGCCUGACAGAGUUAGCAUUGGCGGAUCUGAGACUGAUACUGAAUCUGAGGAUGACUUCAGUCAGUUAAAAAAAAGACGCGACGAGGAAAGAUUAAGCCGGCUAAAAUUGAAUUUGUUGGCCAGGUCAAUGAGUACAAGGGUGGGUCAAGAUGAAGUUGACCCCUUAUUAAACAGACUAUCCUCGAAUGACCCUUCAAGCCCCACCCCACCAUUAUAAAAGAUAUUUUUUUUAUUACAAUAAGUAUUACUAGAUUAAUUAGAUUUUAUUAGGAAAUAUAACUCAAGCACCGAAAAAACACAAAUAUUUAUUAAUUGUAGGUAUUAAUUAGUAAAUAAUUUUCUUAGUAUUUUUUGUCUGAGUUAAAAACAUUGUGAUAUUUUUAGGUAUUUAUUCCUUUGUUGGUGAUAUUUGCG